GCAAGUCGUGAUUUCUUCGCUCACAGGUGUUUGUGUUGGACGUGCCGUGUACGGUGUCUUGUGAAUUAUCUCGCUAGUCUAAGCAAGAUUCUAACUGAACUGGAGAUUAACCAUACCAUUUUACCAUAUUCUCUGUUAAUAUUUCCUGAUUCUGUGCCUUCAAUUUUAAACUGGAAUUCGUACAUCUCACACACAUAGAUAUUCGUACCACGCACUUACAUUAUUAUUUUCCCGGCAAACACGGGCAAGAAGAUAAUUAAUUUAUUAAUUUCUUUAUACGAAUAAUUUAAUAUUUUUUUAAAAAAAUUACCCUACAAUUACCUACCUCUGCUGUGUACCCGUAUUCUUCUCGUAUUUAGCCCUUUUAUCUGUGAGAACCCCAACACAAAAUUAUCUCCACACAAUUAUCUUAUACUCGCACACAUUUACGUAUUUAAACCAUGGAAUUGAUCAAAGACUUGUUCGAACUGUCUCCCUGUAAAAUAAACAAUACAGACGAUUACAUGUACUACUAUGAUCCGAUCAGCAUCUUAUCGCAAGAUCCCAUCAUUUGGUCGGAAGAAAACCUGCCAAAAUUUAUGUGGAAGCCGGCCGAAUGGCCAGAAAUCGACAUCCCCGACUGGGGAAAUAAAAGGAUUAUGUCUGAAGACACAGUGCCGGAUGAUAACUUUCCUUCUAAAUGCCCUGAACUGUUGAGCCAGGACGAAUUAUGGUCCCCUCGUGCGAGCCCUUUCUCGUCGCCCAAAUCGUCAGGUUCGCCUUCGAUGUCCCCAUCGAGGUUUAGCCAUGACGAAGAGUCGAUGAACUUGGCUUCGUUCAUGGUCGAAUCCAGUUAUGGUCACGUCGAGGUCAUGGAUACAGAAAUACAAGCUGUUGAUGUUGAUGAUGAUGAUGGCGAAGUGAAUGUGUGUUCAAGUCCCGCCGUGUCCCGGAUUGUAGUGGAGGAUCAUCCCUAUCAUCAAACUGAAAAGAAACAAAGCAGCGGCGGAGCCGGCGGUGCUGCCGGCCGUCGUCGGCAACAAGAAACCGCCUCCGUCUCCAAAAAGGCCGUUCGUAACCGAAAACACAAGGGCAAACCGGGUCGGCCCCGAAAGACUGCGAAUGUGAAAAGCAAAAAGGUUAACGAAAAGGAAAAAUUAAUAUCACCGAAAACGAUUAAAAAGAGAAAAGCUCGUCAAACUGGGAUUUUACGCCGAGCAACGAAAGUUACUCAAGCUCUCCUUGUCGAGGUGUCCACCACCUCAAAUGCGCCACUAACACCGCCAAUAACACCACCAUCUCCACAAUCUUCGUUAUCAUCAUCGUCGUCAUUUUCAUUGAUAUCUUCAUCGCCAUCACCUUCAUCCGACAACAGCAGCAUUGUGUCGGUGGCUGCGACCACGACCAUGGGUGGUUCGGGUACGAAGCAUUCUCGGUUCUCAGACGAGAGACUUCUCAGUGAAAAGACUAAGAGGCGCAAGUGUAUGUCUCAUAGCGAAAAGGCUGUCCACAAUGAGUUGGAGAGGCGGCGUCGGGCUCAGAUGAGCGAGCUUUUAAGCGAGCUUCGAGUUGUUGUCGAUGCUGUGAAGGAUGACCCGAAGGCAUCUCAGAAAAGGAUAGUGGACGAGGCUCUUCUGUGUAUAGAACGAGCUCUUCGGGAGGAGAAGCAGAUGAAAGCUCGAAUGGAAUUGGUGAAGAAGGACAACGAAUUCCUGAAGGCUAAGUUACGGGAAUUGUCAUCGGAAUGGCACGACUUGCAUGGAAAUUCCAAAGUUGUGAUUUACCGAGACACAGAUGAGGAUGAAGAAUGUUCUGUGGUGGAGAUCAUGUGAUGGGGGCGGAAGAGGACUUCAAAUACAAUGUCUUGGAAGUACCCCAGGACUAGGAUGGCUGCUUCCGGCACUGCUGGUCAUUGCUCCCCUUCCUCGAGCCAGAGGGAGGGGGGUGGAUAUGACCCGGAAAUGGAAUCUAGCAUCCCCCCCACCCCAGUGCUGUUGUUUGCUCAGGAUUUUUCCUUGUGGUUUCCAUCACCAACAGUCCCUGGGGGUGGGGGCAUUUAUGCACACAGCCGCCUCUACAAGCUACAUAUAUUUAUAUAUGUAGUAUAUAUAUAUAUCAUAUAUACACACACCCUGUAACAUAAACUAAACACUAGUUUGUAAAUAUAAUAUAUAUAUUUAUAUAUGCAAUAAUGCACACACAUGCACACCCAAUGUUCUGUUUAGGCGGUGGUGGUCAUUAGCAUGGUGAUGACGGCGCCGAGUUUUGGCAGGGAAUUUUGCUGGAAGCUUUUUUUUUUGUCUUCCUCCAAUUCUGCUUCUGGUGGUUUUUGAAGGGCUGUCCGGGUCCAGUCUAGCCACUGUGGUUCGGCCUAGAGCUCUCAGGCCUGCCCCUCUGUCCUUCCACGGUGAGGUGGUUAACCGUUGGUCCUUUCCCUUUGUGGUCGGACGGAGCAGGGGCGAUGUUUGCUGCAACAGUGUUGUGUAGCAGGACUUCAGGCGAGGUGAGCGCGGAUAAAACAGUCAGGGCAGUUGUCGGAUAACUGUGUGUUCUACAGAUGCGGUCUCGGUCGGGCAACGGAACUGAUGAGAUUUCACAUAGGCAAUGUGAUGUUGUGGUGUUGAUGCUGUUAGUAAUACUACUAAUUAUUUGUUGACAAAAAUAAAACUUAUUUAUUUCCUAACUCAACAA